AUGCAGACUGCAUCUAAAAACAUUUGUGAAAGACUGUGCAAUAAGUCCAUCCGUAAUAUUUCCUUGCAACUAAAUAUUCCACGGUCAACUGUUAGUGGUAUUAUAACAAAGUGGAAGCAACUGAUAACAACAGCAACUUAUCCAUGAAGUGGUAGGCCACGUAAAAUGACAGAGCGGAGUCAGGGCAUGCUGAAGCUCACAGUGCACAGAAGUCGCCAACUGUCUGCAGAGUCAACAGCUAAAGACCUCCAAUCUUCAUGUGGCCUUCAGAUUAGCACAACAACAGUGAGUAGAGAGCUUUAUGGGUUGGAAUGGGUUUCCAUGGCCCAGCAGCUGCAUCCAAGCCGUAUAUCACCAAGUGCAAUGUAAUGCGUCAGAUGCAGUGGUGUAAAGCAUGCCGCCACUGGACUCUAG